CGCCUAUAAAGGGGUCGGUCCGCGCCGCCCGGACGCGCCUGGCCGCCCGCCGCUCCCGCUCCCCGUCCGCUCGCCGCUCUCCGCGCAGCAUGGCCCCCAGCACCGCGGCCGUGGAGCUGCUGAGCCCCAAAGAGAAAAACCGACUGCGGAAGCCCGUGGUGGAGAAGAUGCGCCGCGACCGCAUCAACAGCAGCAUCGAGCAGCUGAAGCUGCUGCUGGAGCAGGAGUUCGCGCGGCACCAGCCCAACUCCAAGCUGGAGAAGGCGGACAUCCUGGAGAUGGCCGUGAGCUACCUGAAGCACAGCAAGGCCUUCGCCGCCGCGGGCCCCAAGAGCCGGCACCAGGACUUCAGCGAGGGCUACGCGUGGUGCCUGCAGGAGGCCGUGCAGUUCCUCACGCUGCACGCGGCCGGCGACACGCAGAUGAAGCUGCUCUACCACUUCCAGCGCCCGCCCGCCGCGCCCGGCGCCCCCGCCCCGGAGCCCAAGGCGGCGGCACCCCCGGCGGCCAAGGCCGGCACCGCGGCGCACCCGCCCUCCCGCGGCCUCUGGCGGCCCUGGUGACCCCGCGGGCGUGCGGGCUGCCGCCGGGACCCGAGGGCCAGCCUGGCGCGCGGGGCGGAGCCGCUCCCGCCGCCGGUCCCGCCGGCUGGGCGCCCGCCUCGCUCUCUGGGCCGGGCCGGCCGGGCCCUCUCGGAGAACGCGCCGCAGAGCCGCGCGCCGGGACGGCCGGGCCGCCCUCUGCGUCCGACCCCACGGGUCGCUGCGUUUGCGUUUCCGCAAGUGGCUUCUGGGAAGUCCCCGCUCGGGUUCCAGGACGUUCGUAGGCGGGACCGUCCU